AUGGGCACGGUGCUGUCCCUGUCCCCCAGCUACCGGAAGGCCACGCUGUUUGAGGAUGGUGCAGCCACGGUGGGCCACUACACGGCCGUGCAGAACAGCAAGAAUGCCAAGGACAAGAACCUGAAACGGCACUCCAUCAUCUCCGUGCUGCCCUGGAAGAGGAUCGUGGCGGUGUCGGCCAAGAAGAAGAACUCCAAGAAGGUGCAACCCAACAGCAGCUACCAGAACAACAUCACGCACCUCAACAAUGAGAACCUGAAGAAGUCGCUGUCCUGCGCCAACCUGUCCACCUUCGCCCAGCCCCCACCGGCCCAGCCGCCUGCACCCCCGGCUAGCCAGCUCUCUGGCUCCCAGACCGGAGUCUCCUCCUCGGUCAAGAAGGCUCCACACCCUGCUGUCACCUCUGCAGGGACGCCCAAACGGGUCAUCGUCCAGGCCUCCACCAGCGAGCUGCUGCGCUGCCUGGGUGAGUUUCUCUGCCGCCGGUGCUACCGCCUGAAGCACCUGUCCCCCACGGACCCCGUGCUCUGGCUACGCAGCGUGGACCGCUCGCUGCUUCUGCAGGGCUGGCAGGACCAGGGCUUCAUCACGCCGGCCAAUGUGGUCUUCCUCUACAUGCUCUGCAGGGAUGUUAUCUCCUCCGAGGUGGGCUCAGACCACGAGCUCCAGGCCGUCCUGCUGACCUGCCUGUACCUCUCCUACUCCUACAUGGGCAACGAGAUCUCCUACCCGCUCAAGCCCUUCCUGGUGGAGAGCUGCAAGGAGGCCUUUUGGGACCGUUGCCUCUCUGUCAUCAACCUCAUGAGCUCCAAGAUGCUGCAGAUAAAUGCCGACCCGCACUACUUCACACAGGUGUUCUCUGACCUGAAGAACGAGAGCGGCCAGGAGGACAAAAAACGGCUGCUCCUCGGGCUCGAUCGGUGAGCCUUGGAGUCACCUCGUGGCUCAAGGAUUCAAUUCAUUUUUAAAAAUUUAUUAUCAAAUCAGAGUUUUGUGUAUGUGUCUAGCAGAGCUGCCAAGGGCCUCUCCCUUCCCACAUUCUCUCUUUAGGGUUCUUUUCAGCCCUGCAAAAACUUGGGGGACUUUUGAACCACAAACGUUGUACAAACCCAGAAGAUGUAUUCAGAGCCACCCAGGCGCUGACUGUCCUGUCCAGGUGGCCAGCUCUUGCUGCCUGUGCCCUUGCCGCAGGGGGACGAGGCUGCCCAGUGCUCUCUGGCUGGGAGCAGAUGAGGGGCCACUGGCCGGUAGACCCCAGAAGGAAUUGGGAUUUCUGGUUGGAUGCCCUUUUCUGGCACCUCUUUUGGGUGGUUCUUUCUCCUUGGGGCUUCUAGAGCCAGCCAUCCUGACCAAGCCUCAAAACAGGUUAGGAGGCAAGAUUCCGACUGCCUGGGGCAUCUUCACUCGAGGGGAGAAGCGGGUCUUGUGCCAAGAUUGUGACGGUCAUUUGACCACACACGGCCCUGGUUUGCUAUUUUUGUUUUGUUUUGGUUUUUUGCUUUAAGGAGGGCCUUUCUAAUGAGAAAGGGAACUUGCCCCCUGCCUCUUGACCACUGCUCCCAGCUCCCAUGUUGGUGUUGGCUGGUUUAUCUCAUUAGGAUCUCAUUUGAGUCUCAGCUAAAAGAAUGGGGUGAAACUGAGGACAGCUCCUUUCCUGGGUGAUUUUUUUUUCAUUUGAAUAAUGCAGCUGAGUCAUCCUGUGGUGAAAGCCAGGACAGACAGUGGUGAUGCCCAUUAGCAGCAGGGUCCAUGCCUGAGACCAAGCCGAUGCCCACCUAAGUGCUGAGACCUCUUGCUGGUGCACAUGACAUUUGUUCUACUGAGCUGGAGAUCAGCUAUGGGGCUGAUGUGGUCACAUCGAAUCCCACUCCUACCCCUUCUUUCAUAGGAUUAAUUUAACACGUUUCCAAACAGUUCUGUUUCUUCUGGAGAGGAAGCCUUGCUUGCAAGGUACUGUGAGACAGCUGGAUCUUGGAGACAAAGACAGGAGCGUGACUCCCGAUUGCUUUGGAAGCUUGGUGAUCUUCCAGCUGCUCACUUGCAGCUGCUGGCUUUGGUCUCCACCUUACUUUGGCAGCUGUAAAAACACGAUGUAUAUUUUACUGAUUUUCUUUCUAAUUCUCUCAGACUGCUGGCUUGGGGUUUGGGAGAGGUCCAACAGAAGGGAGCAAGUCUUCCUGCAUGGCCCCCACCCUGGCUUUGGGGAACAAAGAGCAAUGUGAAGAUGCCAUGGAGGAUUCUCUUUCUCAGUCCUGGUGCCUGGGGAGCGCUGGAAUUGGAGGCUAGGGUCCAGGAGGCCAAGGUCAUUUUUCAUAGGAUUAGGUUUUAGGUGGAGGCUGGUUUCUGCACAAGCACUACUGAAAUUCACAUAAAAAAGAGAGAGCUGUGAAAGUGAGGUCCUGAUUUAAGAGGCCUAGAAUAGAGCUUUUCAGCGGAGGUGUUCCAGGAGCCUGGGAAGAGGGCCUCUCAACAGCCGCUGUCAAGGACAGGCUGAGCUAUUCCUGGGACCAUCAGAUAAUCGGAUGCAGAGCUGGAAGGCACCUGCGGCUGCUGGACUUCACCACAGCCUUUCCUCCGCUGGCUUCCACGCAGCUCGGCUUCUGAUCCUGCUGCCACGUGUGAUCCAAACCGGGAGGCCUGCGGGGUUCCCUGGGGUGUGGAGGCAGCCCUUGGAGUGCCAAGACUCCAGAGGAGGGUGCAUGCUUGUGGUCUGGUCCCUUCAGUUGGCUGAACCUGCCUGGAACUGUGCCAGUGCCACAGGAUUCCAGUUUUGUGUCUCUUUCCUUCUCUUUCUCUGUAUUAUUUUUUUUUUAUAUUUUGGAGGAGGCGCGCAUUUCAGGAUUGGUUAAGGACUAAGGAAGCAAUCUAGUUCCGUCAAUGUGAAGCCUGUGCAUUCUCCUCUCCCCUUGCACUGGUCAUCAGUAUUGUGUAAAGGAACAGCUGAUAUACUUGAGUGUGCAAGCAAUGAACCCAUUUGACAUGCUGCUAUGAAGACUACUUUUAGAACAACAAAAAAAGAAAAAACUAACCUACAAAAAAAAAAACCUUUAUUCUUUAAUUGUUGCUUUUACAGUGAUAUUGUGCAUGCAAACCAGGAGCAUUUUGUGUCUUAAGAAAAAUAAUCUUAGAACAGAUGGCUGUGAAAAUUAUACCCAUGCACAGAACAAGCCACAGGAAUAAUAGUUCAGGAUUUGAUUUUUCUCUUUUUCUUGUAAACCUGAAGGGUUGAUAUAUUCUUUCCAGGCAGUUAUUAGAAUUUAGUUUUGUUCCAGCAGUUGUUAAACCUGCAAUGAAAAGAAAACGUGCCAUUUUAUUUUCUCGGGAUUAUUUAUAGCUGUAUAUUUGAAACUGCUAAUUACAUACUUGUGAUGUAUAUUGGUUUUUUAGUGCAAUUUCUUCUGUAGCUAUUCUUUGACCAAACUGUGGGUAUUGUUAAUUUAUAUUUGUCUCAUUUUGUAUGUAUGUAUAGUGUGUUUCUGAGUAUGUGUGGUUUAUAAUCUGACAAAGUCACGAAGCUCAGUUUGGCUGUAAUUUAAUUCCCCUUCCCUCAUUUUUAUUUAUUUUUGUACUGUGCUGAUUCAAUAAAAUGCACUGACCAUCCAUUA